GUCGGGAGUGCAACGGGGGGUGGGGUGGGUUAUAAACGAAGGUUAGUCUUCAUUUGCUGAGGACAGGAUCCAGAGAAGAGCAGAACUGCAUGUCAGUAGUUACAAGUGCUGGGCGUACUUUAUCAAGCACCAACAUGACUUUGCUGAGAGGUAUCAUCAUUCAGAUACUAUGGGCUUUCUAUGCUAAGGGACAAGUGCCAGUAUGCGAACAGCCGCCUGAUGUUGAUUUUGGAGAAAUUAUUAGUGGCGAGAAAUUGCAAUAUGUGGAAAGUGACUCAGUGCAGUAUGGCUGCUAUCCUGGAUACACACUGGCAGGAUCUGAACGGAUAACGUGUUAUGGGAGAAACUGGAUGCCACCGCCAAAAUGUUUGGCACCAUGUACUAUCACAAAACAGCAACUGGAGGACAAAAAACUGCUUCUGCCAAGUGGCCGUAGACAUACAAUAAUUAUUCUAAAUGAUCAAUUAGUGGAAUUUUCCUGCAGAGAAGGAUAUAACCCCACAGAUCCUUCAGCCAGAAAGUGUGUUGAUGGGCACAUAGAUUUUCCACUGUGUAUCUCUGCCACAGGAAAGAAAUGUGGACGUCCACCUGUUCUUGCUAAUGGAGAUAUAACUACUUUUCCCCAAAAAGAGUAUGCCUCAGGCUUUUCUGUGGAAUACAAAUGCCAAAAGUUUUAUUCAGUGAAAGGGCAAAAUAAAUCUUUCUGUAACAAUGGAAACUGGACAGAAACACCAAUUUGUGAGGGUAAGAUGAUGUUUUCUACAGCAAAACCUAUACCUUUUUUUUUUCAGUGUAUCUAACUCUAAGUAUAUCUGGUAGCAGGUAAAUGUGUUUCACAGUUCAAAUUUUUGUUACAUUAUUUUGUACCAAUAUUUUGAACUUUGUAAUACAGAGAUUUUACUGUUAGAAAUCUAAAUAUUUCUAAUGAAAGUUCAAAAUCUCCUGAGCUUCUUUUAGGAAAUUAUUGGAAAAUGUAUUUUCUUUACUAUUUCAAUGAAGUCCUUUUAAAGGAACAUUGAAUGAAAUUUCAGGGUAGAAAAUUUGAAAUUGAUAAAAGUAAUUAGAUGGUGGAACUCAUUGCCAUAGGAAGUGAUUGAGGCCAGAAGUUAGCAAGACUCAAAAAGGAAUUCAGUGUUUAUAUGGCCUACAAGAAUAUCCAGAAUUAUCAUGAUUAAUAAUGAUAAAAAUGUGGAAACAAUAUUCACAUUCAUGUUUCAGGGUUAAAACAGUCUGUAAUUAUUAGAGAUCAAGCUGAGAUCCAAUAUGAGGGGGUGGGGAGCAAAUUAUGCCAUCUCUGCCUGCCUCAGGGUUCUUACACCCUCCUAUGAUGCAUCUGGUACAGGCCACUGGCUGAGAUCUAAUCUGGGAAUCCCAGGUUCUUCACCAGACCGUUUUUCUAUUACUAACAUCAAAACAAAUUUGUGAUGAUUGGAAAAGCCAGGUAAUAUCUUGUUCAGUGUUUGUUCCUGACAAUCAGAUACUUUUCUUUUCUCUCUGCCCCCCAAAUCACUCCACCUAAAUCUCAACCACGAUAACUAUACGUACAUCAUUAGAUUUCUAUUUUUCUCA